AUGAUAUCCUAUUUGUUAUUCAUCGGUUCGCUGUGCGUUGCUUUCUCUGUUGCGCAAGACUGGGGAGGAAUGGGUGGUUAUGGCGGAGACGGUGGCAUGGGAGGAGGUGGAGGUGGAUGGGGAUACGGUGGCGGAGGAGGCGACAUGGGCGGGUAUGGAAACGGCGGAGGCGAUAUGGGAGGCUACGGUGGUUACGGUGGAGGAGACAUGGGUGGUGGUUAUGGCGGUGGUGGAGACAUGAAUGGUGGUUAUGGUGGUGGCUAUGGUGGUACGUUCAACUCUUUUCUCAUAAAUUUUGUUAUGAAUUGA